UUUAAGUUGGAUGACCUGCCAAAACCAGGCCCAAAGGAAGGUCUUGAUGCUAAUAAGGCUACGGCAUUCCACGAGGUUGUGGCUUCCAUAGAGCCGAUAGCAAGUGAAAACAGCUCUGCUGCUGUUCAGGAUUUAUUCGGUGUUAGAUCAGACUGGAAACAAACCAUUUCUCCCUUGAGUUCUCAAACGGAAAGACCUGUGCCAGGGCAACUAACUCAGCCAACCUAUCAGUUAACUCCUUCGGUGUUUCCAGUCCAAAGUCUCGCUCCGGUAGCAUCGCCGAGGUCAGCUCCCGUUGCUUCAGAACUUCAGCUUCCUUUUGUUUCCCCAAAUGAAGAAUUAGCCAGCCCUAACCCAAGAAACCUUGCUGUUUGGAAAUCACAGUCACCUUCAGAUGACCGAGAUGUAAGCACGUGUACUUCUAGAGUUUCACCACUAACUCACACUUAUUCUCCUACUUUGCUAAAUAUCGUACGUUAUGAUAUUUCACGUAAUUAUCCAAGUCUAGGUGAAGCUUCUCAGCCUCUGGCAUCAAUUAAGGACAGUGUGCUUAGGACAGAUGCAGUUAUGGAGGAUGACACCAAUAUUAAAGGUCUGCAGCUCAGUGAAAAUGGUAUUAUAUCCAGUGGAAGAGUUGCUGAAAUGCUCAGAGAGGAGAAGUAUAACAUGAAUGACCUACCCAAGAAACGGGAACCUCUCCAAAAUGACGAGACCUCUAGGGGCUCAACAUUCCAUUCUGGUUUGACUGACCAGGUCAGAGAUGGUGCCUCAGAGCACAGCAUUCCUUCUUUGACCUUUUCCCAGGCAAAGUCACUUCAGAGCACAUCCACCGCUGAUAAUAAACCAGCAGCCGCAGAACCCUUGCUCGCUGAUGCAGAGGUCAAGGAGUGCCAGGACCACGCUUCACAAACACCACCUGAGAAAAAGGUAUAUCAUCACCCUUGUUUCUUUGACCCUCAUUCAUUUGUUCCUCCAAUACGGAGUGGUCCAGUACCAGUCAUUGAGCCUCAAGUAUUAUGUCCUACUACAUUGAGGAACACGUCAAAUGUACGUUCCAACUUUAAUUCUGGUGUCUCUCAUGUCAGCUGGUCCAUCCCUCUGGAGUCCUACUCACACCGAGAUUUACCAGUGUCCACUGGGACAUCACAGCAUCCAGAUUACCGGGAGAAAACUGUCACUCAGGUUGAGAGUACCUUUCGGCAGCGGGAGGAGUGGGCCUCUGAAAGUACCCCAGAGACUUUCCCUAAGUCUAAGCAAGCUGAGGAGAAAUUGGUCUCACCAGAAGUUCCCUUUGCUACUUCUGGUUAUAAAGAAGAUUUCAAAAUCAUUUCUGAACAUGUCCAAAGGCUAAUAGAUCAUUGGGAUUCCCAUCUCCUUGAGGACAAUGUCCACGCUGUGCCUUUGCCUAUACCUACACCUGUGUCUGUGGAUAAUGGUGACACAAAAGGCAAGCCAACACUUUCUGACAUUAAGGAGACACCUAUGUGUGUGGAUAAAGAUGGGAAGAAAGGCAAACCAGUACCUUCAGACAUUAAGGAGACGUCUGAAAGUGAAUCGAAAGCAGAUAAAGGGCUCCACAUGCUCCUGGUGGAGGCAGAGAAUAUUGCCCAGAAGCGCUUUAGCAGUUCCCCAUCUCUUUACCCUGAUGUUACGUCUCCUCAGCCCAGCAGGCUGGAUGACAUCAGGGAGGUCCCUCUGACUAAAGACUCUAUGGGGCUUUCCCAGAGGUUAAAGUGGGAUGAAAAGAUGAUCCCUACUAUGAAUGUGGACACUAACACGGUCAAUCAUUUCAGUUCCCAGAGAGAUACUGGGAAAGCUUCUGUUCAGGAAACGGAGAGGAAGGCCAGAGUGGCCUUGAAGGAGACACUCAGACAGUGUGAAACAGUCCGGUCAGUGUCGAGAUGUGAGCGUGACCGAAGUAGUACCUUCAUUGAGGAUGAAAUUUCAGUGCCUGGGAUACCUUUAACAAGCAGCAAUUCAAGUAGUGACUCCAGUGAUAUGAGAGUUUCUUACAUUUGGGAUCCUGUUUCUGAUUCCUUUUUUGGGUACUUGCCCAAUUUCCCAACCCAUGUAUACAUGGGAGAUAUCCAAGAGAGAGAGAUCAUUUCUGAUAGUGAUGAUGGCUGCAGCAGUGAUGAUUCCUUGGCUGUCCAUGUGCGGCAUCUCCUGACAUGUGAUGCCCCGGGGAGCUUGGCCACGCAAAUGCUGCGGGAUGCAGAGGAAAAGGAGUGCAGGGUACGCGCACGUGCCUGGAACCUAAAGUUUAAUUUGGCUACUGAGCGUGGGGACGUCGUGACAGAGCUGGAUGAAGCCGACCUGAGGAAGGUGGAAGAGAUCAAGGCCAGCCUCUGCGGGUCUGGGAGGCCACUGGAUGUAAUCCAGGAUUUACCGUGUCCAGUGGGGAUAGGAAAUGUCUCAGAAACAUGUAAUCAUCUCUUUAUUGAGACUCACGAAGAAGCCUGCUUCAGAACUAUGACUAAUGAACAAUUUGGUGGCCCUUCUCAAGGUUUUAGAUCUAAUGAGUCUUCAGAGAUGAGCCAAAGACAGUCGACAGCAUCUUGGAGUACGCGGUGUGGCAGCCAUGCAAAGUCAACUGUCCAAACUUCUCAGUUGAAAGCUUGGAGCUUUUCUAGGUCAGGAAGUCACCAGCCAUUUCCAGGUUCCAUAUCUGAGUCUCAUUAUGUUAACAGGAGCGACUCCAAGGUCAUUCAACCCGUCAGUCUCUCGUCUCGUCCACCCUCUGAAUUCUGCUCCGAGGCCCUCAAGCGCUCCCAGUGCAUCUCCAGUGCUCCGGUUGUGGUCCAGGCAGACCAAGGACAAAGCCCUCCUGUUGGCGCACAGAGACCUUCCAUGCCGGUGUCCGAGAACCCUGUCCUGACUUCCAACAGAAUGCUGGCGAGCAGCCUAAAGAAAGAUCCAGUGCUCGCAGGGUAUCACCCCCAUCGGGUGUCCUUUGAUCUGUCUGCUACUGCAAAAGGUUUUCAAGAGAAGGAGCCAACAACAGCAGCUAUGCCUCUGGCCAGCAUCAAGGAGCACCAAGACCUCGCCAGAGGCUCGAGUCCCAAGGCACUUGGAGUCACAGAGAAAGGCGUAGACUUCCUCAUCGAAUUCCCUUCUGGCAUUUCCCCUGAGGAGCAAGGAAGGCAUCAUCAACCCAGGAAUGUCUCACCUGCAGAUAGCAAGGCGGAAUGUGGCGUGUGUGCAAGCAGAGUCAAGCAUCACGGGCCAUCCAGACUCCCCACUCCACAGAGACAGGUGUCACCUGCCCCUUCCUUAUCUUCAUCUCCAAAGCAAAGAGCAAUCUCUUACCUUCGUAUAACUCUGUCUCCCAAGGCCUCUAACGCCAUCCCGGAUGGUGAGACCCCAGAGAAAAGACAGCAUGCAUUGGAUGGUGGGGCUAGAACAAGACUUAAUGAUGCGUUGACUGUUAAGACAUGUGCCUCCAAGUUAAGAUCUCUUGUGCCAUUGGAACCAGCCUCUCAAGAAUUGACCAUUACACCGUCACUGGAUGAAAAAGAAUUUUCAAAUUGUACACGUCACAAGACCAGCCGGCCCUCAGAAUCCCUUUCAAGGCAGACCCAAGUCAGUGUUUCAGAUUUGGAUGCUUGUGCACAUUCUAAAGGAGUCCAGAGCAGUCAAGGCUGUGGACCAUCAGAUCACUUCAGGAAUGCAGAUACUGUUACUUCUCUCAAGCUGUUGUCGGAUGCCAUCACUCAAAUAACAACAGAGAGUUCAGAGAAGACCACAUUUUCAUCCGAGAUUAUUAUUAAUUCUCAGGCUCACAGCAUCCUUAACAAGCCAUCUCAUUGCCCAACUGCUCAGCUUUCACUGUUGCCCUACAAGCCUUCUGGAAGUGCCGAAAUGUACUACGUUCCAAGCUCAUUGGAGCCAUCCCAGUAUCCUGUUGCCAAGUCAGAGACCACUCUGGAGAGCAGCCACUCAGGCUCCAAUGAUGCCAUUGCUCCAGAUUUUCCCCCUGAAGCCCUGGGCACAAGGGAUGAGAACGUGUCCGAUAUCGUAACCAUCAAGCACAAAGAAGGCAUCUACAGCAAGAAGGCCGGGCGUAAGGCAGCCUGGCCUGCGGAACGAAACCCCACCCCAAAAGACGUCUCCGAAUCUACAGAUCAGUUGGAACUUGAAAACACUACCCAUUCUGUGUUCAAGUCGGCCCAGUUUUACUUUCACCAUCCAGUGCACCAUCAACAUGAUCAUGAUUUCUUUUCCUGCUGUGAGCCCUGGGGAAGGGGAGCUUUCCUGGCUCAUUCCAGAAGAGACAAAGACCCUUGUUUCAGUCCACCUUUUGAAACUUAUGAAGAUGAGCAUAGAUUCUCCCCCUUACAGACUGAAAUGGAUUACACCAGGAUAGAGAGGUACUGCUGGAAUGUUGGAGGUGGCAGAGAUCCAGGGGCUGGGCAGAGGCUUGAAGAGAAUCUCAAAAUUGGUAGUAAGAUGAGCAGUGGGCAAGAAACCUCAAGGAUCCGCUUUUCCCUAGCCCAGACCCUUGAGCCCAGUGCCACUUUGAAUGAGCUCUGGAACAGGUUUCAGGAGCGACAGAAGAAACAGAAGCCACCUACUUCCACCUCCUCAGAUGAAUUAUCCUUGGUUGAUCGUCUUGAUCGCCUGGCAAAGGUCCUUCAGAAGCCCAUGAUGCUCUCUCUUCAGGUGUCCCAGCCUGCCCGAGAUGAUUGCAGAGAAGAGAGCACGCAGCAACAGAGGAGAAGGAAGCACCAGCUAAAGAAGAAAGACAAAGAUGAGUCUCUGUCUUUUCACAGAGCAAGGUUGCCCCCCCAGUCUCCAUUUGGACUAGUGGGUAGGAACCAAAUGAAGCCCACCUGUCCCCAACAGCCAGGACUGGAUUCUGUAAGCCCCAUCUCUUCAGAUUCUAGGCCCUCCCCCGAGACGGAAGAUCCUAUGUUUGAGUCAGAUGUGACUACCCAGACUGAUGGGGAAGCAGGCCCACUUGCGGAGAUGAGCAGUGACGUGUCCAUCAUUGACCUGGCCCGGAUAGUCCAGAGAAGAAUGCAUGUAUCACCUACACGGCAGCAGAAACACUUGUCUGAGAGGCAGAGAGAAGAGAGUAGGAAGGUAGCCAAGUGGAAGAAAAGCCCCCCAACCUCUCCUCAGCUCAGAAGGAAAGGCAUGCAGGUGGAUUCUGUCAUUUCCUCAGACUCGGUCUCAACUGUCAGUAGUGCUUGGAGUCCAAGCCCCACCCACAGGAAGAAGCAGACUGUCCGGAUGUUAAAUAAGGGUGUUCAAACAGGGGAAUUGGAGAUUGUGAGAAGUACAAGGAAACACACUCGAGAUUUUGGGGUGACUUUUCCGACCCCAGAUUAUAAUGUGACUGGUAGAAGAGUAGAUAAGUACGUGAACUCUUCAAGUCCAGGGAGCAGUUCAGAAGAAAAGAAGCCUGUGACUGUUCACCUGUGGACCAAGAAGCUGAGGAGGAGUCAGCCUCCUCGCUGCGAAGGGGUUUCCUGGUUUAUUCCUGCAGAAAACCUGAGAUGUUCCUCCAAGAAAGAGAACCAGAGCAGUUGUGUGUCUGGCCCUGGCCCCUCCUGGUUCGCCCCCCUGACUCACACCAAGCUGGAGGCAGCCCCUUCGAGAGCAGAACUGGCAGACGGCGGCAGGGGCAGCGAUAGGCUGCAGGUGGCGUCGCCUGGCCUCAGCGAUGACAAGGAGGCCCACAGACGAUUCGUGAAGGCGGGCCUACAGGAGUCCCUGGAGAGGCUCCGCCCUGACUUCAUCUCGCGCUCUGGGGCCCGGGUGAAGCGACUCAGGUUAAUGAUGGAGGAGAGAAAGCUGCAGCGUCUGCUGCAGAGAGAGCGGGAUGAGCUGUUCAACACGGCUGAGCAGCAGAGGGAGUCCCAGGACAUCGCCUGCUUUCUUUCUAAGAAAGGUUACAUGACUAUGAGGAACAGGACAAUAACCAAGAAGGAAAUGGUACAGCGAUCGAAAAGGAUCUAUGAACAGCUUCCUGAAGUGAGGAAGAAGCGAGAAGAAGAGCAGAGAAAAUCAGCCUAUACGAUGUACCGGUGUAAGGCCCAGCUCUACAAAACGAAAAUCACCAACCGUGUUUUAGGGAGAAAAGUCCCCUGGGAUUGACAAGCAAGAUGAUCUUUGAGUUCUUAAGUUUUAUGUUGUUUUUCUCUUCAGUUCUAGACUUCUGCGUGGGUAUUAUGUGUGAUGUGAACAUGUAGCAGUUGAGUAUGUGUUUUGUGUGUGUUUAAUAAAAGUUAUUUGAUGUUUUUGUGCAGUUUAAAAAUAAUGACUUUGUAGGGAGUUGGGGCAUCCCACAUGCAGGUGGACGUGACUUUCUUUUGGGGGCCUUCUUCCGACAUGACUGUUCUGAACCAAUGGCUUCCUCUUUCAAUUCCUCCCAGAAGCAGGGCUUCUUUUGCAUAUGUUUUUGUACUUUUAGAAAAUAAAUGAGUUUUGACUUAGAGCAAA